UCACAAGCUUCAAUCUUGGCAGUUACUCAAAACGUUUUUCCCUGUAUUCGCCAAUCACAGCGAGCAACUGUAGCAACAAACCAAUUGUUGCUGUGAAAUGUCUUAAACAUUUCCCCCCCCCCCCGCGCCAUCGCUUCUGGCCAAGUUUCAUGGACGACCGUGGUCUGUUAUCUUUCUGCCUCUCUCCUGUGCGUUUAACCGGAGUAUGUUGAGGAGACUUACAACAUGUUGAAUACUCUGCUUUUCCGUCACUUUGAUUUCACUGACAGCCUGUGAGCAGCAAUGAAGUUUCACAUAUGGAUGCUAGCAAUAAGUACUUCCCUUCUUCAAGGCUGCUGUCCUGCACAAUUCUCCUACUUUGGUGCCUCCUUUGGCUUGGAAACUUCCUCGGUUAAUGACACCUUUCAGGUCCAUGUAUAUUACAGAGGAAUCAAUCUGCCAUGCCCACAAAGUCCCGAUGAGAUUUGUGUGGCGUUAAACUGCUCUACCUGCAGAUCCCGAGCAGUGGAGGUCAGCGGGCACAUUGCAAACUGGUGCCUGCUAGACGGAGUGAAGGUAAUUCAUCUCCACUCGAAUCCUCUUCAUGUAAGGUCGUGCGGAGAUUGUUGGUCACUCUUUAUGGAAUCACCGAGGGAAACGGAACGGUUUCUUUUUACGUUUUCACUGUUUGCGGAUUUGGGAAGGCGCUCGGACGAUGCAACGACCAACACCCCUCCACAACCUCCUCUGUUACCCGUCUUAAGAGUGCCUCAGAAUUGCAUGGCUACUUAUCACCUGACUGUGUACGAGGGGAAUGGAGAUGUUCUCAGAUGUCGUUAUGCACUGCGGGAAAGGCAGGAAUGUGUCCACUGUGUCCAGCAUCAUGUCCUCAAGUUGGAUCAGAAAAACUGUGUCCUUUACUACAAUCGGCUUGGAACUAAAGGAGCAUACAUCUUGGAACUGAUGAUUGAAGAGUAUCCAAGAGAUACCAUUCUCCUGACUCACGGUGAUGGGACACAGACUGUGUAUCCUGCUUUUGAAGAGGCUUCCUCCACUCAAAGCAUUAAAGCUUUGAGUUCCAUCCCCAUGCAAUUUGUUAUUAUUGUGGACAACGCUAUAUCAGAAUGUGCAUAUGGAAUUUUUCGCCCAUUGCUUGUUCAUCCAACACCUCCCAAUGGUGCAAGAAUAUAUGCUUCAAAUUAUGAUGAGAUUAACUUCACAAUAAAAGCCAUCAGCAUAAAUGAAAGGAUCACCGCCUUUACAAUCGUGGGUCCACGUGAGUUACGCAAGUCCGAUACUUGGAGCAUGGAUGACAGAUUUGUGUCGGUGAAUGCUACCUGGUCAGUCGGUGCACACACUGUCCCAAAACAAGUCCCGGUGUGCUUUCUCUCGACAACAACUUCGGGAUUACAGUCAGAACCACGGUGCAUUUGGAUUGUGCUGGGUUUUCCUGAAGAACAGCCACGUGCCGCAGAUCUGCAGUGUUUGCCCGAUUCCAUGAUUGUGUGUGUCCCAAGAACUUUGGUGGCAAACCUACCAGACGAUCGCUUGCAGCUCAACGAUGCUUCCUGUAACGUCACUGGCAAUAGCACUCAUCUGUUGCUAGUCAUUCCCCUCUCGGGGUGCGGCACUGUGUUACUGGAAGAUAAAUCCAAUUACAUCUUCACAAAUAAAAUCUUCAGUCGGAGCAGAGAUGAAAGUUCAGAGCAGCCGAAUUGGGUAAUUGUCCCGUUGAUGUGCAAGUUCCUUCGAUCCACCAAUGCUAGUGAAGAGACCAGGGUGCAGAAGAGUACCACGGACAAGGUCUUUAGAGUCUACAGCUUUGAAAUACAGUUCAGCAAAGAGUUCAACUCGAGUUGGUGGGCAGCUGGACCAGACUCCCCAUUUAACGCCACCAGCAAGGACCAUUUAUACAUCAGCAUCGUUGCCAACAGCAACGAGUCUUCCCACUCGCUCCACGUGGAGUCUUGUCAGAUAUCGGAGCAGCACAAUUCUUCAGCAGGUGUCACUCUCUUACAACAGGGCUGCCUAAACUACAGCACAGUGGAGGAACACCAGACCGACAAUCAAAAAGAGAAAGUAUACUCUGUCAAACUAUCCUCUUUACCGUGGCACACCGCCCAGGUGUUUGUCACUUGCAGUGUGCUGCUCUGUGCCCAUGCACCCAGCCCCCACCCAUGCACACAGGGGUGUGUCCCUGGCACUGGCCCAUGGGCAGACCAGUCAGCCCUUCAACAGGUCAGGGCUGGGCCAGUGCACAUCACAACGGACUUGGGUCCCAACUAUGCUGUCAUUACAGUCGGGCUGGCGUUGGCAGGCGCCGUGAUCUACAUCGUUUUGAUCCUGUUGAAGAGAUCAUUUGUGGGACUGUACUACAGAGCAAACGUUAGAUCCUCCCGAUCCAGGCGAUUCUGACAAACAAGUCCAUCAGCCAGCACUGUGCCUUCCGGGAGUCUCUAUUCAUUGGAGUUCUCCUUCAGUUCCCUCUGCUGUCAACCAGAUGCCUCACAACCUCACUCAGUGGUGUCUGAAUUGCCUGUGGCUCUCUCUGGAUUGGAAGGAAUUUCUAAUUUAAAAGGGCAGAAUGCUGGAAUAACUCAGUAGGUCA